AUGUCUACUUCUCUUCAACUGAGAGACGCCGCCGCACAAACUGAUGAAGAUAUAUUCUUCGAUACUCCUGAGGAGUUAUUCGAGGACGCCUUAGAGGAUCAAGAGGUUAGAUGCAUUGAAACACAUCCAUACCUUGCCAAUCCAGACAAAGACCACUAUCCAGAUCUUCCAACACUUUUCCUCCGAGAUGAAAUCCAGAAUUUCAAUUAUCGGGAACCAGCCCCUUACGAUGUGGAUGAUUCUGAGUAUGAGAUGCUUAUGGUGAUUGAGGACUGUCUCACCAAUUUACAAGAACAAUAUGAGAGAAAGAUGAGGAAGGAAGACAGCUGUUUUAGACGGAUUAUGACUCUCUAUGAUGAAGUUAUCAACCGUCCACAUGAUCCUUCGAAGAUACUUAAACGUGAAGCUCUCAACAAGGAGAGAACACUGUAUUUCAGACGCCUGAAAGAAAUUACCAGGAUUCAGGCACUUCUGGACAGAGAGUAUUUGGUUGAGUUUACGGAACUCAAAAACGAAGCAGUUGCCAUCAUAGAUAAAUGGCAUUCAAAACAAAGCUCGCUGGCUGCAGUACCUCAAAAGCUGGUCGUUGAAGAACAUAUUCGCUGGACAUUGCUUAGACAAAAGCAACUUGAGUACGUUCAUGAUAAGACGAAAGAUCUAGUCAAUGACCAGGCUAACCGAAUCCGAGAACUUGAGUAUGCACUCGCGGUAGCCCAGCAAGCACCAGCAGCUGCUCCUUUCAUCUAUCAAACAACAACUAGUAUGACCCAAGAGGGAAUUUUGGCUGACGCAAAUAACAUGACCGAAGAACAAGUGUUGGCUGACGCAUAUAAGAUGAUGUAUCAGCAACGAAUGGACCACGUCGGCCAGAAUAUUGUACAGCUCAAUGCACAUAUUGCACAAGUUGAUGAUGUUGUAGUUCCAAAUGGGCAAGAGCAAGUGAGUGCGGAAGAAAUUUUUGCUCAAGCUCAAGGACCACAUGACUUCCAGAACGAAGGAAAUCCAGAUCUCGUGACUGAUUCUAGAGAGAUUCACAGUUCUCCAAUCGCAGAUGGCCAGCUAGAGUCCCACGAGGAAACCAACAUCCCUGAAUCACGGCAACCAUGGAAUUCUCAAUGCCAAGAAAGGACAAAGCUCGUGGCUAAUGCUAAGAAAAAUGACGAUGAUACCGUCUCAAAUGGUCAAACUGAAAUAAUCGAAGAAGGAGAAAUUGCUCAAGUAGAGCAGUCAGUUAAUUUUCAACAGCAGAAAACUCUAGAGCCAGAUACAAAUCUUCCUCAGGAUCAGUCUAACUUCGUGACACCCAAUGGCCAAGAAGAGCCAAUCACUACUGGACCCAACAUUCUCGAAGGACAGGAACAUGUUGAUGACAGCAUCCAAGACUUCCAACAGCCAGCAUAUCCUCUAACUAACCCCCAUCUUAAUGCUUCAGUCCAGAUUGUUCCAGAUCGACAAGUGAAUCAAAACAGCUACGUCAAUUAUAUGGAAUACGAGAACGAUCCAGGCCGCAUGUACCCCUUGCAUUCCAGCGACCCAAUCAAGAAAGCAUGGGCCAGAAAGAAGUUGGAUCUAGAUUUUGAGAAGAAGCAGAAAGAUACAAUAGAUGAAAUUAUGCAGACAGGAAGAAACGAGGCUGCAUUGAAGAAGUGGGCCGAGACAGUUAGUGGUCUCUCGCAAGAGAUUUCACCACAUCGCCGUCCUUCAACCCACAUUAUCAAGGACUUCGAAGAGAACGAAGAAUCUGAUGAUGAGUAUGGCCGAAAACGCACCUAUGGCACAUACGAAGAAGACGAGGAAUGUGAGGAAGAACACAGUAGAAAGCGUGUUCGCCCAAUUACCCAGAUCACUCGCGGUACUCCGGCGCCUUCAAUUGUUUUUGAACCCACACCGGACGAUUCUGCCGGUGAAGAAAUGUGGGAGGAGCCAGCUGCCGGAUAUGUUGGUCACGAUGGCGUGUACUAUGACCAAGAUGGACGAUGCCAAUACACGCAGGCUUAUGCUGGACAAGAAUAUUUCGAUCAUGAUGUCAACGACGGCGGCUACCCUGUCCACCAGUAUACUCCACAUCAACCCCAGCAACAAAGCCCAAGCCCUUCAAAUGCUCCUGUUUCCCGCAUUAGAUCAUACGUUUCGAGAGACUGGCUGAACAAGCUGUCUGAAUUCAGCAAUAAAGAAAUUGCGGAAACGGUUGCCUCACUCAGUAUUCAGAGUACAAUUUCUCCGUUCCCAUUUGAGCUUUCACAAAUCAUCACGAUGGUACUCGGAUUCAUGGUACUAAUGCAAACAUCCCUGCUCUCGAGUCCAUCCAAUCUUAUGUGGUUGAUAAAAUCUAUCUUUUCGAUUUUACACAGAUUCAUCUUGAAACCUUACAUUACGCUCUAUAAACUCGUCGGUCCCUGGAAACUUCUUUAUCUUGCCGUCGAAACGUUGUCAAUUUUCCUUCUCAUCGCUUUCUAUUAUCUAUACCGUGGUUCUAUUGCAGGUUUGGGAUGCGGAGUCAAAUUUCACAAACCUAGAGAGGCCCAAAGUAUCACUGGUAUUCCGAACAUUUCUUCAGAUUGUCAACUCAGAGAAUGCACUAUCUAUCUCUCGGCAUGGUGUAACAAGCCUUUCAACUUGAAAGCCAUGAGGGCCAACCUGGAAAGAAAGUCCGACGAUAAAAUAGAGGUUUAUAAAGGAGACCAAAAAUUCUAUUUGGGAUGGAAAAGGAGAAUCAGUUCUACUUCUACGGAAUUCAUUAUAAUAUUCAAAGAGAUGGUAGGAGAUCUAUGUGCUCGUUUCAGAUGGACUCAUGCGGCUCUUCUAUUGCUGCUUGUGUUGGUCAUACAGAUACCAGCUGUCUCCACGACUGCUCGAUUAAUACCAGGAAUUAUUCUUCAAUGUCCCGGUUGGACAGCAGGAGUAUUUCUCACUUGCUACCGGUAUAUGGAAUCAGCUGUGACAGCAAAAGCCCAAUUAAUACCAGGAAUUUACGAUCAAUCCCUCGUUGCGGCGAAAGAAGUACUCCGCCCCAGCUACCAGUAUAUGAGAGAAGUCUUUCAGGAGGCUACGGCGGGCCUUCGUGAUAUUAGCUAUGAAAGUAUGAAUGAAGAAUUCCUCAAACAAAGACGGAGCGAAUCUAUGCGAGCGGUGGAAGUAGGCGAUGGGUAUGAAGUUGUUCAUGACAGUAAACAAGCUUACGUUACACGCUUCCGGAAUGCCAAUAAGAUAGUGCGAGAUUGUUUAUUCUUUUUGCUUCGGGUUUGGUUUCUUUAUAGUUUUGUGCCAUGGAUUUUUUAUCUUCUGCAACGAAGAUUUCGCGGAGCUGGAGAUAGACGUCCGGAGGCAAGACCUUAG